GCGUGCUAUAAAAAUAAUGUAGAAGUGUCCUCACCGGAAUAUUCCCCACCGACGAAAGGCUUCAGAUCAUUUCCCGAAAACUAUAUAUAGCGAUCUUUGAGUCCCAAAAUUUGCCCUAGAAAUUCUUCAACAGCCGCAACAUGCUCCUUCUUACCAAACACUCACUUUCUCUCUCCUCACUUCUCACUCGCCACCAUCACCUCCAGAUUCGCGAAGGGGUUUAGGGUUCCGUCUAUGGACGCUCUCGAAUUGCCGUUACCACUUGACUUGGCACCCACACCCAAAUUGAUGGGAUCCGAGGGUUUCUCGCUAAUUCAAAAUGCAGCCGAGUUUUCCUCCUGCAACAAAUUUGCAGAAACUCAACUUUCCAAGAAUUCUAGUCAGCUGCCCCAUCUCAAGGGUGAAGAGGCAUCCAAAAACUCUCCUAGCGGUAAUGGAAAAAGUAGUCCUGUAAUUAAUUCCAGAUUGGAAGGUGUAUCGUUACAAAGAAAAGCUGCAAAAUCCAGCAGGAGUAAUAGUUCAUGUUCAAAGAGGCCCCGGAUAUCCCAGCCGGAAGAUUCUUUGUGCCCUAUUGGAAUUGAGGAGUCAAAGGAUAUUUCGGAUAAACUUGGGUCAAAUAAUUUAAGCUGUACUUCUCCAGAGAAAAGUCAAUUACCAAAGCAAAGGAGCAAUGCUAGCAAACGUGGUGAUAAGAGGAAUUUUAAAGUGCCUUCUGCAAAAACUAAAUUUGAGUCAUCCUCAAUGAAGAUGUGUGCAUCAAUAUUCAGUUCUACCAGUGCAGGGAACAACUUUUUUGGGCUAUAUGGUCUGAAACAUGAUUUUCAUGAUGUCACAAAGCUUAUGGAUGAACCACCGUUAGAUGAUCUCCUUAGGGGCACUUUUGACUGCCCCGUUUUAAGCAAAGAUAAAGGGAAAAAAACAUCAAAUAUGAGUGUAAGUUUUUUGAAUUCAGUUAGAAAGGCGUGCUCUAUCCUUCAGCUCCCGAAAUCUAUUCAGUCCCAAAAUAUAUCUGAGGUGGACUACUCCUCCAACAUGAAAAUGUCCACUUGCCAAUUGAGUUCAGUUUGUGCAGCAGAAAUUGUUGGUAAUGGGGAUAAAGAGCAGUCACUAGAUAUGUCCUCAUGUCAGAAGGAUCAUUGUAGCGAAACAGAAAGUUCAACUAGUCCGCUUGACUUCCCAUUACAUCAGCCAAAGGAUGUUUUGGAACGACUUGCAGUCCAUCCAUUACAGGAAUUAGAAUCUUUGCUGCUUGAUGUGUCCAAGCCUGCCGCCACCACAAAGAAUAGUAAUAAUGACCAACGCUCUGGCAAGCAGUUGUCUCGUCGGCCUAGCCUUCCUGCCUUUACAUGGUCACAUGCUUUUGGUGGUCAUUCUAGAACUAAUUCUGAUGCAGUUAAGUCAUCAGCGAGUAGAAGCACAUGCCAAGGUAAAUGGUCGAGGAUAGGUGUCAUUACUGGCUCUACAAAUACUGAUCGUAGUUCCUUCACAAACCUUGAUACAUUCAGUUAUGAUCAGAGCCUUGUUCCUUCGUCUGGUAGUUCAGAAAAGAAGAAUUUCUCAUCUUUGUUUGCUAACCUUCCUUUCCAUCAUUUGGAUUCUUCAUCUUCUGUAUCUUGUUCAGAAGACUCUCAAGCUAAAGCAGAACGUGGAGGCCAAGUUGAUACUAAAGAAAAUGAUGAGCGUUGUCCAAGAAUAUUGACUGCUGCACAAACUCUCUGUGAAAUUGCAACUCGCUCUCCAAGGCAGAGUUCGGAUGGAAUAUUAAGAUGGCAAAGGAAAACUUCACAAAAAGCCAUGAAAGCAUGCCGUUAUAAAUCAAAUGAGAAACUUGAAGAGAUGACUUCAAGAUCAAUUUCAACGAUUGGAUCUGACAUGGUGGGCAGAAGUGUGGAGCAGAUAAUUCCCUCAAAGAAGCCAAGGUUUUCCAUAGUUGAGAACAAGAACAGUAGUCACUACAAUAAUGAUGCUAAGAAAGGACACUUUGUGUGGCCUAUUUCGAAGUCAAGUAGAUCAUUACCUAGUAAACAAGUUAGAGACUCGUUUGUGGAAAACAAACGUACAAAUGCCAGCAUCUUAAAGCAACAUUGUAUGAUGCCCCCGCCUGCAAGGGAUUUAAGUAAGGUUCAUGAUGGUCAGCAGCAGGUUGGAAAAUUAGUAGUGAUGGAUUGGAAAAGGGGAAGAGACAACACAGAUUGAUCAAACAAUUAUUGACUGUAGACACAUCAGUAGCUGGGCAGCUGUUGUGUGAUUAGCAGGUGUUAGGUUAGUAAGAGGCUACUUUGUAUAUAAUGUUAUGUUGUGGCUGCAAGCCUACGAUGAAUUCGUUGCUAGUGUUCACGUUCAGAGGCAAACGGGAUUCAAAUGUUGUAACAUUAAAACAGGUGUAUAAAACAGCAGAAUUUUUUUCUCACCGCAGAGUACGAUGCAUUAGUAAGAUUAAGUUUCCUUGUU